AUGGAUCAGAUUCCUAGACGUAUUACAUUGGGACUUGUUUCAAAUUCUGAUUAUGUAGGAGAUAUUAAACGUAGCCCUUUUAACUUUCAACAUUUUAAUGUUCGCGAGAUUAGCAUUAUUGCCAAUGGAAGAAAUUAUCCACAAGCACCGUAUGACUUUGAUUAUGAAAAUGGAAAAUAUGUUCGAGCAUUUAAUGAUAUGAAUGAGGCAAUUGGUUUAGCAAAUUCAACUGAGAGCAAUGGAAUAACUUUACAACAAUAUGGUAAAACACAUUGUAUCUAUGUUUUUAACCUAACAAAUAGCGGAGAAGAUCAAGGAGGAACUUUUGAUUUAAUUAAAAAUGGAACAACGGCUGUAAAUAUUAAGUUUAGCAAACCUGUACCUGAGGGAGGAAUAAUGCUUAUAGUAAUGGGAGAAGCAGAUUCACUCAUAAUGUUAGAUAAAAAUCGAACAAUCGCAAGUGAUACCACAAUAUAA